AUGCAACCCAUACCCCUAUACACAAGAGGAAAGUCAUUCUUUGGUUCUCAUUUCUUAAAUUCUUUUUCUUUAUAUACUCAUUCAUUUUUCAUUUUUUUUUAUUCUAAUUUAUUUUUCAUUUUCUUUCUGUUCUUCCUUUUUCAUUUUCUCUUCUCUUUCACUUUUCAUUUUCUUUCAAUUUCCUUUCUAUUCUCAUUCAUUUUCUUGCUAAUUUAUUUUUAUUUUCUUUCUGUUCUCAUUCAUUUUUCAUUCUGUUCUCAUUCAUUUUUCAUUCUGUUCUCAUUCAUUUUUCUUUCUGUUCUCAUUCAUUUUUCAUUCUGUUCUCAUUCAUUGUUCUUUCUGUUCUCAUUCAUUUUUCAUUCUGUUCUCAUUCAUUUUUCUUUCUGUUCUCAUUCAUUUUUCAUUCUGUUCUCAUUCAUUUUUCAUUCUGUUCUCAUUCAUUUUUCAUUCUGUUCUCAUUCAUUUUUCAUUCUGUUCUCAUUCAUUUUUCAUUCUUUUCUCAUUCAUUUUUCACUUUUUCUCUUCUCUUUCAUUUUCUGUUUUCUUUCUCUUCUCAUUCAUUUUCUUACUAAUUCACUUUUCAUUUUCUUUCUAUUCUCAUUCACCUUUCACUUUCUUUCUAUUCUCUUUUAUUUCUUCCUUUUUUAA